AUCAGCGACACUGUUUCCAAAGUAUACUAGUCAACAGGAACACGGUUCACUCUUCACAGGGUCCGGGUAAUGACCACCAUGGCUACUGCUCCCAGGCCCCAGCUCCUCCUGAUUCUGACCCUAUUUCUGACCCAGACCCAGGCGAGCUCGCACUCGCUGCGGUAUUUCCACACCAUCGCGUCCCGGCCCGGCCUCGGGGAGCCCCGGUUCAUUAUCGUCGGCUACGUGGACGACACGCAGUUCGUGCGCUUCGACAGCGACGCGGAGAACCCGAGGAUGGAGCCGCGGGCGCCGUGGAUGGAGCCGGAGGAGCCGGGUUACUGGGAGGAGGAGACGCGGAAAGCCAGGAACACAGGAAAGAACUUCAGAUCCAACCUCAAGACCCUGCUGGGCUACUACAAUCAGAGUGGCGAUGGGCCGCACACGCUGCAGUGGAUGUACGGCUGCGACCUGGGGCCGGAUGAACGCCUGCUCCGCGGGUACUGUCAGGAGGCUUACGACGGCCACGAUUACAUCUCCUUAAACGAGGACCUGCGCUCCUGGACUGCGACUGACCUGGCCUCUCAGAUCUCUAAGCAAAAGUCAGAGAAAGUAGGCGAGGCCCACCACCAGAGGGCUUACCUGCAGGGCCCCUGCAUAGAGUGGCUCCAGAAGUACCUGGAGUUGGGGAAGGCAGCGCUGCUGCGCUCAGAUCCCCCUAAGGCACAUGUGACCCAUCAUCCUGGACCUAAAGAUCCCCCAAAGGCACAUGUGACCCAUCAUCCUGGACCUAAAGGUGAUGUCACCCUGAGAUGCUGGGCCCUGGGCUUCUACCCUGCUGACAUCACCCUGACCUGGCAGAGGGAGGAGGAGGAACAGACUCAGGACAUGGAGCUGGUGGAGACCAGACCUUCUGGGGAUGGAACCUUCCAGAAGUGGGCGUCUGUGGUGGUGCCUUCUGGGGAGGAGCAGAAAUACACAUGCCAUGUGCACCAUGAGGGGCUGCCUGAGCCCCUCACCCUGAGAUGGGAGCCUCCUCAGUCCACUGUCCCCAUCAUGCCAGUCAUUGCUGUUCUGUUUGUCCUUGGAGCUGUGACCAUCAUUGGAGCUGUGGUGGCUGUUGUGAGGAAGAGGAAGGGAAAAGCAGGUGGAAAAAGAGGCUAUGGUCAAGUUGUAGAAAGGGACAGUUCCCAGAGCUCUGACUCCUCUCUGGACUCUUGAAAAGCUUCAGACAGCUGCCUCCUGGGGACAGGUUCUCAGUCAAGAAGCAACAAAUGUCUGAGGCUGUUUUUCUCCUGGGAAGAGCUGAGGAGCCCAGCCCUGCACACGGAGACCCUGCCCCUGCACCGCCCCACCCCUGCUCCCUUGCACAGCCAACCUUCCUGGUCCAGCUCGGACAGUAAGGGACAUCUCCGUCCUGUCACCCUCACUGCUGCCAUGAGCCACAGUCCCUGACUAUCCCGCCUAAAAUAAGAAUCUGAUUCUUGGCUAGGCAUUUCCUUGCUGGAGACCACUCAGGAUACGCAGCACCAACAAGUAGACGUUGCUGAGAACCGCUAAGCAAGGGAGUUCUGGUCGACCCCUCUGUAAGGCCAUCGAGUGCCUUUCCUCACCUCCCUGAUGAGGACAGCUGUGAGGUUCCCUCCACGCCCCUUUGUGCCACACCAAACCCAAGAGAUUCUGUGUGACAAGUUCCACAGGAUGAGGGGAUAGCUUCAAAAGAAGGAGGUCUCCUGGAACCGGUGGUGGAACUCUUGGCCAGAGGAAAAUACUGAGCUGUAGUUCUCAAGGCAAUUUCUCUAGCCUUCAAGCUGUCAGCUCAUGGCUCAAGAAAACUUCCCAAGAAAGGCUUCCCUCAAGAAAAGCUUCUGCUCUCUCCCUUACCCCUGGCUGGUUCUGCUCUGACACCACAGACUGUGGUGGGUGGGUCAGGAAGAGGUGGUUCGUCUUUGGAAAGGUCGAGGUCAGGGCGUUCCCGUGGGCGAGCCCUUUUCUGGAACUUUUUGCUCCAGUAAACAUUUCUUAUGGACACCGGAUUGUUUUCAGUAAACAUCAGCCCCUAGGUUGAUGGGGAAGCGGGUCUCCGGCCAAGGUCUGCCGUCCCCACAAUUGCUAUCUGCCCUUUAUACAUGAUAAUAUAUAUACAUCUUCUGCCAUUGUCCCCGCCUUUGGACAGUUACUUAAGAUGAUACAUGAAUAAACUGAGGCACGUUCAGUACUAACUGACGGCCAUCCUGUUAGCA